AAGGUAUCACAUCAUGAACAGCGCCUCUAGCGGUCAUAGUGGAAUUAUCGUCUGACGCCCCUUCCUUCUUCGUCUGGUUUCCUUAUUUAUAUUACAGAAAUGGCAAGGGAAUAUGAUCAUCUGUUUAAAUUGCUAAUUAUUGGCGAUAGCGGUGUAGGAAAGAGUAGCUUAUUAUUAAGAUUUGCUGAUAAUACAUUUUCAGGCAGUUAUAUUACUACAAUUGGAGUAGAUUUCAAAAUUCGUACUCUACAGGUGGAUGGAGAAAAAGUAAAAUUACAGAUAUGGGAUACAGCAGGCCAGGAGAGAUUUCGAACUAUUACGUCAACAUAUUAUCGUGGCACACACGGAGUAAUUGUGGUGUACGACGUCUGUAACGGAGAAUCGUUUGCUAACGUCAAACGUUGGCUGCACGAAAUAGAACAGAAUUGUGACGUGGUCAAUAGAAUACUGGUUGGAAACAAAAAUGAUGAUCCGGACAGAAAGGUGGUUUUGACAGAAGACGCUCAAAGAUUUGCCGAUCAGAUGGGCAUUAGAUUGUUCGAAACCAGUGCAAAAGAAAAUAUCAACGUGGAAGAGAUGUUUAAUGCCAUAACGUGCAUGGUAUUAAAAACUAAGCGAGAACAGAAACAACGUCAGCAGCAGUCUCACGAUCGUCCCAUCAAACUGCAAGGAAGUCACGCCCGCGGGAAGACAAAAUGCUGCUAGUAUUAUAAUACGUAUUCCAGGUAUUACCAAAGCAGAAUUGCUACGAAGUAUUUUUCUCGUAUGAAUGUUUUUUGGAAUUGUGAAGAAUAUUAAGAUUUCUCGUCAUAAACUACUUAUGAAUGCAAAACAUUAAUUUGGAGAUAUUUACGUAUUUCGGAUUAUAUUGAUCCGAAAAUUGUGACUCGACUCGUCCGAUUUCUCGACAUAUCAUUUGUCUAAAAUAUCAAUGGGAACAAUAAGCACAAAAGGAAAAAUUAUAGGCAAUAAUAUUUCUCACCAACUAAAAUAUAUAACCUAUUAUUUAAUACAGCUUAUUCCUUUAUAAUUAUUUUUCGACUAUGUUAGAUUUUUUAAGAGAUAAAACUUGAUAUAUUUAAUUUUCUGAAUAAGUAUUGACAUUAUCAUGGAGGAAAAAUAGUAUUUUGUAUCUGUUUAAAGUUUAAGGGCAGUUUUAGCCAUUUUGCUAAUAAUUUAAAACAUUCCAUCGAAACUUCCAAAAUAAUCGUCUUCCAGUAAACCUAUCCCAGUUUGACUGUGCAACUCAAAAAAUUGUACACAGUCUGGUGAAUUUCGGAAAGUACAGUACGUCAAGUAUUGCCAAUUUCAUAUUUAAAAAGUUGAAAAAUAUGCAGAUGAUUUGCCAGUCGUAUACUAUACCAAAGUCGUCUCAAUUUCUUUUACGAAUAGUUCUUCGCUGGUCUCGGAGUCCCGCCACGCGUAAAGACUCCGUUUGUCGUAUUUGUAUUUUAAAUAUAGAAAGUCGGCUUUUCGAAUUAGGAAAUUAUAAAUUUGCUUCUUACAUCUUUUUAUAAAUUUUGAGAAUGUGAUACUUUUAUAUGGAAAAUGAUUGUGAAUAUUGUAAAUAUUUAAAAACAUUAUUAUUAAAUUAUAUUCUUCCACGUCCUCCCGAUUUCUAUAUUUAAUAAAAUAAAUGUAACUUAACAAAGGCCAAGUGUCUUUUGAGUCGGAAAACUGCAUUGUGAAUUUCUGAACUAUGAUUUUAGCAAUUCAAAGGAAUUUCGCUACAUUUUUCAUUU